CCACUGUCACCACCGUUUCCCACCACAACCCCCCCCCACACACACACAUAGACGCACCUCCACCACCCUCCGUCAUCUUCAACCCGCACCAUGCCCGCCGAUACGGGCAUGGAGAAACCGACCGCCUCACCCAUCGCGGGCGCACCGGCCAACGCCAGCCACACGCCGGAUAAACCCCGGAGCGCCAGCGAGCACCGGAAGUCCUCCAAGCCCAUCAUGGAAAAACGGCGCCGGGCACGGAUCAAUGAGAGCUUGGGGCAACUGAAGACCCUCAUUUUGGAUGCCCUCAAGAAGGAUAGCUCCCGGCACUCCAAGCUGGAGAAGGCAGACAUCCUGGAGAUGACCGUCAAGCACCUACGAAACCUUCAGCGGGUGCAGAUGACAGCUGCUCUCAGCGCCGACCCCACCGUCCUUGGCAAGUACCGAGCCGGAUUCAACGAGUGCAUGAACGAGGUGACGCGGUUCCUGUCCACCUGCGAAGGGGUCAACACCGACGUGCGCACCCGCCUCCUCAGUCACCUCUCGGCUUGUCUGGGUCAGAUCGUGGCCAUGAACUACCUGCCGCCGCCGCCACCACCGCCACCGUCCAGCCAGCCCGCACAUCUGGCACAACAACCUCUGCACGUCCAGCUGCCCCCCGCAGCAGCCGGAGCCGUGCCCGUGCCCUGCAAACUGAACCCUGCUGAAGCUUUGUCCCCUAAAGUCUACGGGGGCUUCCAGCUCGUCCCGGCUACCGACGGCCAGUUUGCUUUUCUCAUCCCAAACCCGGCCUUUCCUCCCAACUCUGGACCAGUUAUUCCCCUCUAUGCCAACGCUAACGUCCCGGUGUCCUCGGGCAGCAGCAGCAGCCAGCAGCUCUGCCACCCCAUCGGCAUCCCCUGUGCAGGGCUUGACAUCAUUUGGGGGCAGAUUGUUCCAGCGUCCCAGGCGGGAAGCCCCAUCGGAGAGCGCAGUGAAUCGGUCUGGAGGCCUUGGUGACUUAACCUAAAACUCGAUGAUGAUGAUGAUGAUUUUUUAACCCUUAAAAAAAAAAAAGCAGCAAACCUCUUUUGUUGGCUCCGUUGUAUGGAGCCCUGUUACCUUUGGGGAGUUUUGUUUUGUUUGGGCUUUUUUUUUCUGUCGUUUGUUUUGUUUUGUUGGUUUUUUUUUUUAAGCAGAUUUAAAAGAAAAAAGAGAGAAGGAAAAAAAAAAGGACCUGGCUAUGACCCUUGCUAUUUAUUCUUUUCAGAGGUUGGGAUUUCAAGUUGUAUUUUUACUCCUUUCAAAUGCCUUUAUUUGAGAUACAUUUUUAUAUAUAAAAAAAAAAAGGUGGAGGAGGAAGGGGGGAAAAAAAAAUUAAACAACAAAAAAAGAGGGAGGGGAAAAAUGAAAUGAGAAAUAGUUUUGUAACGAAAUAUUCCAAAAGUAUAAUGCCAAAGUUGUUUGUAUCCUGUUUGUCUGUGUGUGUGUGUGUGCCUGUGGUGAAGACUUCCAAACAAAAGAAGAAAAGGACAAAAAAAAAAUUAAUUUACAGGUGUUUAAAUAAAUAAAUUCUUUGAAAUAGA